UAGAAGCUUCGCGACUCAGCAGCAGCUCUGGACUUCUUUAGCUUAACUCCAAAACAAAGCCGGAGUUUAGAGCUCAGCGCUGAGGAGGAUCUUAAAAACCGCGGAUUCGGUGUUUUCCUCAGUUUCUGUAUGACAUGAGGAUUGUGGCAGGACCUGUAGAGUGAGGUGUGAUGGCGGAAACCUGAUUUUCUCGAGUUUGUUUUCCCGGCCUAGCAUGCUAACAGUGACAGUUUGCUGUAAGUUCGGCUUCGUACACGGAGAUGCGUCGUUAAAUAGGAUUGUUCCGCUCUUCAGCCGUCAGUAAGAUGAGUUGGUUUAACGCUUCACACCUGUCGAGUUUCGCUAAACAGGCUCUGAGCACCGCACAGAAGUCCAUCGACCGAGUCCUGGAUAUUAAAGAGGAGGACCAGUGGGGCGACGCCAUCACUCCGAGUUUAGACGAAGUCUCGAGCAAGCCAUUGUCCACAGGAUGGGGGAUGAACCAGUGGGAUUCUCCUUCAGAGGAAAGCCCGAAGACCCUCACACCUUCAUCCGAGGCCAUCACCACGCCCGUCACCCGCACGGUGGUGGAUGAAACAGAGAGUUUCUUCAGUGCCUUCCUGCCUCCCGGAGAUGGGCAGCCGGUCAAGAAAACUUCGGUGGUCUCCGUGGCGCCGACCAAAUCCUACCGCCGGCCUCAGGAGAACCCCGAAAACGAGAUGCAACCCGCAGCCAAGGAUGACGUCGACUCUUCCAUGCUUUCUCAGGAAGAUGUGAGUCAACACAGCAGCGAACAAGUAGCAGAGACCCACCCAGAGGAGGUGCAGGAAAAAGAAGAAACAGCUGUUCUGGAGCACGCAGAAGAAAACGAGGAGACUGAGAGCAAAACAGAGACACUGGAUUCCAGUUCAAGUCCACAAAUCCCUCAAGUGGACCCGCCUGCUCAGCCUGAAUCUGUAGAAAAAGUCGAGAGCUGUGGUUCUGCUGAGACUAAGAGCUCGGGGAAAGAGCCUUCUAAAGACACUAUUUUGGAAUCCAAAGAUGCGAAAGCAGAAGACCGUCAGAGCGACACCCCAUCUCCUCCUGUGAGCGCCUUCUCGUCCGGGACCUCCACCACCAGUGACAUCGAGGUUCUGGACCACGAGAGCGUCAUCAGCGAGAGCUCGGCCAGCUCAAGACAGGAGACGGCUGAGGGAAAAGCGGGGCUGCACCUCAUGCAGGGAUCCUUCCAGCUGCUCUCGGCCUCGACGUGCAGCGAUUUUCCGCGUCUGGACGACUACCCGAAGCUGACGGAGAGUUGCGGGUCUUCGUCCGACGCUUUCGAGCGCAUCGACUCCUUUAGCGUGCACUCUCUGGACAGCCGCAGCGUCAGCGAGGUCAACUCAGACGACGAGAUCCCCGGCAGCCGCACCCUGGCGUCCGUCACCGUCGGGACCAGCCCGCUCCCGGCUCUACCGCCACCACCACAGGCCAAUCAGGAGCAGGAAGAGGUGGAGGGAGGGACGUCUGACUGUGCGAAGGACCAAUCGGUGGAAGAGAUGGAGGAGAGCGGGCGUAGCGCGACUCCUGUGAACUCUGAACAACCAGAAGAGCUGCCUGAGGAGGAGCAGGAGUCCGGGUCACAUCUCUUGCUGUGUAAUAAAAGAACUGAAGCUGGGGAGUCACAUGACUCGUUGACAUCACCCAUAACCGAGGAGCAGAAAGGAGGCUCCACCUGCCAGCUCCUGGAGCUGCAGAAGAUGGUUAACGAGCUUACGAGCAGGCUGGAGACGCGGGAAAGCCAGCUGCUAGCAGUUAGCAAAGACAAGGCACGCCUGGAGGAGGAGUGCGACAACCUCAAGGAUGAGAUGAUCAGUCUGAAGGAGGAGAGCUCCAGCGUGGAGUCUCUCAAAGACGAGUUCACGCAGCGCAUCGCCGACACUGAGAGGAAAGCUCAGCUCGCCUGCAAGGAGCGUGACAUCGCCAAAAAGGAAAUCAAGGGUCUUAGAGAGGAGCUGUCAACCAGGUUCAACUCUGCGGAAACCAUGGAGUUGAUCAGAGAGAAGGAGGAACAGAUCAGAGGCCUUCUAGAAGAAGGUGAGAAGCUGUCCAAGCAGCAGCUGCAGCACUCCAACAUCAUCAAGAAGCUGAGGGCCAAGGAGAAGGAGAGCGAGGUGAAGAUCGCCAAGCAUUCCAAGAAGCUCAAGGAACAAGAGGAUGAACUCAAACAGCUGCAGCAGGUUCUAGAUGCGAAGGAGGAGAUUGAGAAGCAGCACAGAGAGAGCAUUAAGAAGCUGAACUCUGCCGUGGAGCGUCAGGAGAAGGAGCUGAGCAGGCUGCAGAGUGAAAACGACGAGGUGCAAGAGAAGAACCGCAGCCUGCAGGCCGCCCUCGACGCCGCUUACAAGGAGCUUGCCGAGCUGCACAAGUCCAACGCUUCAAAGGCCAGCGAGGCACAGGAGCUGGCUCUCAGCCGCGAGGUCCAAGCCAAAGAGGAGCUCAGCCUGGCAUUGGACAAAGCCAAGGAAGAGGCCCGCCUUCAGCAGGAGGCACUGGCCAAUCAGGUGGCAGAUCUGAGGUUGGCUCUGCAGAGAGCUGAGCAGCAGCAGGCCAGGAAGGAGGACUACCUCCGAGAGGAGAUCAGUGAGCUUCAGCAGCGGUUGCAAGGGGCGGAGACCAGAAACCAGGAACUGAGUCAGAGCGUUACCUCGGCGACGAGGCCCCUCCUGAGGCAGAUUGAGAAUCUGCAGUCAACUCUGGGAUCUCAGACGGUGUCCUGGGAAAAGCUGGAGAAGAACAUCUCGGACCGCUUAGCCGAGGCUCAGGCCCAGCUUGCUGUUGCGGUAGAAAAGGAGCGCUCGGUGACAGAGGAAAUACAUGCCGUCAAGGCUCAGUUGGCCUCCCUGGAGUCCCAGAACUCGUCACUGCGUCAGGAGAAGGGACGGCUGCAGGGCCAGCUGGAAGUGGAGAAGACUCGGCGUGAGAAGCUGGAGAACGACAGCAGCAGGGAGCGUGUUGAACUGGAGAAUCUGAAAGGCGAGUACACUCGUACUCUGGAAGAGGCCAAAAAGGAAAAGCUGCUGCUAACAAACCAGCUUGAGAUGGAGAAGGUAAAGGUGGAGCAGGAGAAGAAGAAAUGCUACCUUGCACAAGAAGCCUUGAAGGAAAAGGAGCGGAAGACGCUGAGUGUAUCUCUGAGCGAGGCUCCUGCAUCCUCCACGCCAUCUCUCUCCCGCUCCAGCUCCAUCAGCGGGAUGGAUCACGGGGGCAUACACACCUCUCUGCUCCCCCACGACGACUCUCCUGAUCACUCGUUCGCCUCCAUGACCCUCCCCGGGAACAGCUUGUACGAGGCGGCGCGUCUCAGCGGAGGCUCCAGCAUCAUCGAGAACCUGCAGUCACAGCUAAAACUGCGGGAGGGAGAAAUCGCACAGCUUCAGGUGGAGAUCUCAAAUCUGGAGCGGACUCGCUCGGCGAUGGCAGAAGAACUGGUGCGGCUUACUAAUCAGAAUGACGAGCUCGAGGACAAAGUGAAGGAGAUCCCCAGGCUUAAAGUGCAGCUCAAGGACCUGGAGCAGAGACACAAUACCAUCCUGCAGAUGUACGGCGAGAAGGCGGAAGAAGCCGAGGAGCUGCGUCUCGACCUUGAAGACGUCAAGAACAUGUACAAGACCCAAAUCGACGAGCUGCUCAAGAACCAAAAAUAACCCCUUUCGGUUUCUGUCUUGCUAACGGACAUCAAAGUGCAUUUACUGUACACGGACAAACUCUCUUAUAGAGCAGGAAGCUUUGUGGAAGCUUUGUGCAAAUAAGUUGCGGUGGCUUUGUGAUUAUGUUAAUUUUUUUCUUUAUGUGUGUAAUCGUGUAGUUAUUUAUGGGGUUGUAUGAGUGGGUGACUUUUUUUUUUUGUCUUUCUUUUUUCCUCCCCUUUUUUGAAGAUCGUUAGCAGAAACGGCCAAGCGCUCGUCUCUUGGUGUCGACCUCGACGCUAUGCACAUCAAUUUGCACUUUUAAAAAAACAUUUAAGAUUUAAAAAGCCUUUCUUCUCUGUGUUAAAUAUGUAAUUGUUCACUUCAUCCAAACCAUCGUACUAGUGUUGGUAUGCCCCAUGGGGCAAAAUGAAUAUUAAAAACUUUUGGCGAGGAUAUUUUCUUGCCAUAUUCUCUCACUUCAAGAAUUUUAGACGAUUGCUGUCAAUUCAUUGCGAGCAAUGAAAAAAACACUGGCAGUCUCUAAGGAGUGCAUAUAUUAUUUUUGAAAGAAAUAAUUCGGUCUCUUAAAACACGUAAUCGUAACACUUGCGAAGUAAAUAAUACAACCAUAUUUAAAUCUAGUACGAUUAUAUAAUUUAAUCUUCACUGUUGUGAAGAAAGAAAGCUCUCAACUUUAAAACUCUAAUAAAACUCUUUUGCCUGCCUUUUCUCUGUCUGAGCUGUUCCUCAUGCUCCAGGAACAGCAGAUAGAGCUCACAAUUGCUUAGCUUUUAAUUAGCUCUGCAUUAGCUAUGCAGAUUUUUUUUUCCUGAGACAUUUGAAUGAUGAACUUGUAAUUUUAUAAAUUGCAAAUCCAUAUUUGUAAGGUUAUUACAAAAAAAAGAAAUGACCAAAACCAACCCUAACUUUAGGUGUAGUUGCUAUUAUAUAUUAUUUUUGUCUUUACAAAUUAAAUGCUACAUUUAGGCCUAGGAAUUAGUUUAUUAAUUGCUGCUGUGGCACUUCGAGAAGUGGGAUCAAGUGAGCUGCUAGAGUAGAGCUAAUAGUGGAAAAAACAAACAAAAAAAAAGUUAUAAAAAUAACAUGCUA